AUGAGCAUAGACACUUGCGAAGAUCAGGUGGAGAUGGCAGACUCCGUUGUCCUUUUUGUACUUGACAAAAUCACAAAUUUAAUAGCAGAAAAAGCAAUACUGCUUCAGGGAGUCGAGGACGAUAUCCAGUAUAUCAAAGAUGAAUUGGAGAGAAUGAUGACCUUUCUUAGUGUGGCUGGUGCUUUAGAGGACGGAGAUGCAGAGGUCAAAGUCUGGGUUAGGCAAGUGAGAGAUGUCGCCCAUGACAUUGAGGAUGUUCUUGACGAGUCCAUUCUCUUGUCAUAUGAUCAUCACUUCCAUGGAUCUUAUUGUUUCAUUGCUAAAUUGGUUUUCUCAAUCAGAAACAUCAAAUCCCGCCAUAAACUUGUCUUUGAAAUCCAAGCCAUCAGAUCAAGAGUCUGCAAUAUUGCAGAGAGCCAUCAGAGGUACCGUUACAAAUUUUAUGUCCCGGAGCAAGGUUCAAGUUAUAACCAUGCCUACGAUACUGCAAAUGAUCGCAGAGGUGAUGCGUUGUUGCUGGAAGAAGCUGAGCUCAUGGGCAUUGAAAAUCCCAGACAGCAGCUAAUUGGUUGGCUUGUGGAGGAUGAUCCUAGACUUAAAGUGGUUUCGGUGGUAGGAAUGGGAGGUUCAGGAAAGACCACCCUGGUUAAGAAAGUGUAUGAGGAUGCAGCAGGCAAGAAAAACUUCAAUAGCCUUGCUUGGAUAACAGUUUCCCAGUCCUUCAAGGUUGAGGAAGUUUUGAAAGACAUGAUUCAACAGCUCUACGACGAAGUGAAGCAGCCUGCACCAGAAGGUCAAAGCAACAUGAGCUGUAAUAGGCUAAAAUCAAUAGCAAAAGAAGCUAUCAGAUAUGCUUUUCCUGAUGUAAAUAAUGGAAGUCGUGUUAUCCUCACAACACGUCUUUUCAAUGUAGCUUCCUUUUCUAGCAUAGAGACCAAUGGCUAUGUUUAUGAGUUGAAGGCAUUGUCUGCAGAAGAGUCUUGGGAGCAUCUUAAAGAAAUGUGGCGGAUGCCGCUGGCUAUUGUGGCUGUUGGUGGGGUUUUGGCUACAAAAAACAGGGCUAACAUUAAGGAAUGGGGAAUGCUUAAUCACAGCCUUGGCCCUGAACUAGAUAGCAAUGACAAUCUUGACAGUAUGAAAAUUGUUUUAUUACUCAGUUUCAAUGAUCUCCCCUACAAUAUUAAACCAUAUUUCUUGUAUUUGAGCAUUUAUCCUGAGGAUCAUCUAAUUGAGCGCAAUUCACUAAUCUACUGGUGGAUAACAGAAAGGUUCAUGAAACGAAAAGAGGGGAGGACAGUUGAAGACGUUGCAGAAGGCUAUCUCAAUGAGCUCAUCAACAGAAGCUUGAUCCAUCCAGUUCAGUACAGUGAUGAUGGUAGCAUGAAAUUGGGCCGAAUUCAUGACCUAUAUCGUGAGCUUAUUCUUUCAAAAUCAAGAGAUGACAACUUUACUACAACAACUGACGAGCAGAAUAUAUUGUGGCCUGAAAAGACUAGACGCCUGUCAAUCCAUGGCACUUUGGGGAACCUGCAAGUGAAAGGUUCAGCCACUAAACUCCACUCUUUGCUUACAUUUGGUAUAGCAGAUGAGCAGUCCUUGUCUUGCAUAAGUCAAGUGCUUGGUUUUAAGGCUUUCAGAGGAAUUGGAACUUUGAGAGCCUUGCAGAAACUUGUGUAUAUUGAGGCAACCCCUGGAAGUGGCAUACUUAGAGAAGUAGGGAUGUUUAGUGAACUAAGACGACUUUGCAUUCUGAAGUUGCGUAAAGAAGAUGGGAGGAUUGUGUGCUCAUCAAUUGAAAGGCUCUGCAAGCUUCAGUCUUUAAAUCUUAAAUCAGCGGAAGAGCAUGAGAUUCUUGAUCUUUCUUACAUGUCUUCUCCUCCAUCUCUUCUUCAGCGCCUGUAUUUGACAGGAAGCAUUGCUAAGUUGCCCGAGUGGAUUCUAGAUCUUAAUUCGUUGGUCAAAAUUUACUUCAGGUGGACUCGUUUAACAGAAGACCCACUCAAAUAUCUCCAAGAUUUGCCCAAUCUUAUCCAUCUUGAAUUUCUUGUACACUGGAAAAGAGCUAUACUUUGA